AAUAAUUACUUGUAGUAAUUCACCCUCCUAAUUCCAAUUCCAUGUCGUCUCUCUGUUCUAUUUUGCUGCAUAUUUUCAAGUCUUCCUGAUAACGAACGACAGAAACAGCAAACAAAUCAGCGAGAAAAAGCUUCCAAUCUCAAGUUCGAAUCUGAUGGACAACACUAACUGGAGGCCUAAUGCCCAAGGUGGAGAACCUGCAAUUGACACUGGUGAUUGGAGAGCUCAAUUGCAGCCUGAUUCACGACAGAGAAUUGUAAACAAAAUAAUGGAGACAUUAAAAAGACAACUUCCUUUUUCUGGUCAAGAUGGAUUAGAGGAACUCAAGAUAAUUGCUGUUCGAUUUGAGGAAAAGAUUUAUGCUGCUGCCACAAGCCAGUCCGACUAUCUACGGAAAAUAUCUUUGAAGAUGCUUACACUAGAGUCCAAGUCCCAAAAGCCAGUGCCUAAUCCUUUGCCACCCAAUGCACCUGGCAAUAACAACAGACCCCCUGAUCCUGGAGCAUCUCAUAGCAUGCAGCCUCAAGUCCACAAUCAAGGGCAGUCACUUCCUAUCCCAUUGACAACUAACCAGUCUCAAACACGUCAGCAAUUAUUAUCUCAGACCAUUCAGAAUAACAUGACAUCCACUGGGGUUCAAAGUUCUGCCAGUUUAACAUCUGCAUUACCUUCUGUUUCUGGUUUAACACAGAAUUCUAUCCCCAGUGUUGUUUGCCAGAAUCCUAACAUUCAGAAUAUUUCUGGAGUUCCACAGAACACAGUGGGGAAUGCUAUGGGACAAGGGGUCCCCUCCAAUAUCUUUUCCAAUGCUCAGAGACAAAUGCCAGGAAGGCAACAGGUUGUUCCCCAACAGCAGCAACAACAAUCCCAAAAUCCUCAGCAGUAUCUUUAUCAGCAGCAGUUACAACUCAUGAAGCAGAAAUACCAGCAUGGAAAUCUACCACAUUCACUUGUGCAAUCUCACAUCCAACAACAGCAACAACAGCAACAGCAGCAGCAAAACCUUUUACAGCAGACUCAGUUGCAAUCUUCUCAAUCCAGUAUGCAGACGUCAUCUGUUAUGCAGCCAUCUAUGAUGCAAUCCGUAAUUUCUGGUAUUCAACAGGGUCAGCCUCCUUCUGUUCAGCAAUCAACACAAUCCAUGCUUCAACAGCAUACGCAAUCGGUCCUCAGGCAGCAGCAACAGCCACAACAGGCUUCUAGUAUUCAUCAACAGCAAACAUCAAUGAUGCAGCAGCAGCAACAGCUAAUGAACCAGCAAUCAAAUGUCGCCAAUAUGCAGCAAAAUCUGUUAAUUGGACAACAAAACAAUGUUGGAGACAUGCAGCAGCAGCAGCAGCAGAGAUUGCUGAGCCAGCAGAAUAACGUUCAAAAUCUGCAGCAGCAGCAGCAGCAGUUAAUGGCCCAGCAGAAUAACCUCUUGAGUAUGCAUCAGCAGCAAUUGGGCUCUCAAAGUAAUGUCUCUGGUUUACAGCAUCAGCAACAGCAGCAAUUGCUUGGAUCCCAGCCUGGCAACUCAAGCAUGCAGACUAAUCAGCACUCUGUACAGAUGCUGCAACAGCCCAAAGGUCCAUUACAGCAGGAACCUGCAAAUAACUUAGUUCCAACUCAAGGCCAGCAGUCACAAUCACAGUCUUCACAGCAGCAAUUGAUGUCACAAAUUCAAUCUCAGCCAACACAGUUACAACAACAGCUGGGUUUGCAACAGCAGUCUAAUCAAUUACAGCGAGAUAUGCAGACAAGGCUCCAAGCAUCAACUCAAGCACCAGCUUCCUUGCUUCAACAGCAGAAUGUAAUUGAUCAACAAAAGCAAUUGUAUCAAUCACAAAGGCCUCUCCCAGAGACAUCGUCAACAUCUCUUGAUUCAACGGCGCAAACCAGACAUACAAAUGGAGGUGAUUUGCAAGAGGAAGUCUACCAAAAGAUCAAAAGCAUGAAGGAAAUGUACCUGCCCGAACUAAAUGAAAUGUACCAGAAAAUUGCCACAAAGUUACAGCAGCAUGAUUCUCUUCCACAACAACCCAAGUCAGAGCAGCUUGAGAAGCUAAAAAUUUUUAAGAACAUGUUGGAGCGCAUAAUAGCAUUUUUACAGGUUUCGAAAAAUAAUAUUUUGCCUGGUUUUAAGGAGAAAUUGGGUUCCUAUGAGAAGCAGAUUAUAAAUUUUAUAAAUACAAAUAGACCCAGGAAGCCUAUUCCAUCCCUUCAACAAGGACAAAUUCCCCAGCCUCACAUCCAGCAAUCACAAUCUCAAGUUUCUCAAGUGCAGUCUCAUGAAAAUCAAAUGAACCCCCAAAUGCAACAAUCAAUGAAUUUGCAAGGAUCUGUGCCAGCAAUGCAGCAGAACAAUAUGUCAAAUUUGCAGCAUAAUUCUCUGUCUUCUUUAUCGGGUUCUACAUCACAGCAAAACAUGAUGAAUUCCCUACAGCCAGCUUCCAAUUUAGAUUCAAGCCAAGGAAAUGCAAUGAGCUCAUUGCAGCUUGCAGCAGUCGGAUCUCUACAACAGAAUCCUGUGAGCACUACACAACAGGCCAAUAUUAACAAUUUGUCAUCACAGAGUGGGGUAAAUAUGCUGCAGCCAAAUGUUCCCCUUCAGUCACAUCCCAAUAUGCUUCAACAACAGCAUCUGAAACAACAGCAAGAACAGCAAAUGUUGCAGAAUCAGCAGCUCAAACAACAAAUUCACCAGCGCCAGAUGCAGCAACAGUUACUGCAGAAGCAGCAGUUACUGCAGCAACAGCAGCAGCAACAAUUGCACCAACAGGCAAAGCAGCAGUUGCCUGCACAAAUGCAAGUACAUCAAAUGAAUGAUGUCAAUGAGCUUAAGAUGAGACAGGGGAUAGGUGUUAAGCCAGGUGUCUUUCAGCAACAACAUCUCUCUGCAGGUCAGCGCACGGCUUAUCCCCAUCAACAGAUGAAACCUGGGUCUUCAUAUCCUAUUUCUUCACCUCAGCUGCUUCAGGCCGCCUCCCCUCAGUUUUCACAGCAUUCUCCACAAGUUGAUCAGCAAAAUAUAUUGUCAUCUCUGACAAAAAUUGGAACCCCUUUGCAAUCUGCUAAUUCUCCUUUUGUUGUACCAUCUCCUUCAACUCCUUUAGCCCCAUCCCCUAUGCCUGGUGAUUCUGAGAAACCAUCUGGUAUUUCCUCACUUUCAAAUGCUGGAAACAUUGGACAGCAACAAAUUGGUGCUCAAGUACUAGCUCCAUCCCUUGCUAUUGGCACUCCUGGGAUAUCAGCCUCACCUUUGCUUGCAGAGUGUACUGGUUCUGAUGGUGCACAUGGCAAUGCUUUGACUACUGCUUCUGGCAAGUCAAGUGUAACAGAGCAACCUCUUGAGCGCUUGAUUAAAGCGGUAAAGUCUAUGUCCCCUAAAGCUUUGAGUGCCUCUGUCAGUGACAUUGGUUCAGUUGUCAGUAUGAUUGACAGAAUUGCGGGAUCAGCGCCAGGUAAUGGAUCUAGAGCUGCAGUGGGUGAGGAUUUGGUGGCAAUGACAAAUUGCCGCAUUCAGGCAAGAAAUUGUAUUACCCAAGAUGGAGUGAAUGGGACAAGGAAAAUGAGGCGAUAUACAAGUGCCAUGCCCUUGAAUGUUGUAUCAUCAGCUAGCAGCAUAAGUGACAGUUUUAAGCAGUUGAAUGGUCCAGAGACAUCUGAUUUGGAGUCUACUGCAACAUCAACUGUCAAGAAGCCUAGAAUUGAGGCUAAUCAUGCCCUUUUGGAAGAGAUACGCGAAAUAAAUCAACGACUUAUAGACACAGUGGUUGAUAUUAGUGAGGAAGAUGUUGAUCCAACUGCAGCAGGUUCUGCUGCUGGAGGGGGUGAAGGAACCAUUGUUAAGUGUUCUUUCAGUGCUGUAGCUCUCAGUCCAAACUUGAAAUCACAGUACGCUUCAUCACAAAUGUCACCAAUUCAGCCCCUUAGAUUGUUUGUGCCUACAAAUUAUCCUAAUUGCUCCCCAAUACUGUUGGACGUGUUACCGGUUGAAAUCAGUAAGGAAUACGAGGAUCUUUCAGUGAAGGCUAAGUCGAGGUUUAGCAUUUCUCUCCGUAGUCUUUCGCAGCCUAUGUCACUUGGGGAAAUUGCAAGGACCUGGGAUGUUUGUGCCAGAGCAGUUAUUUCUGAGCAUGCCCAGCAAAGUGGUGGAGGAAGCUUCAGCUCAAAAUACGGAACAUGGGAAAACUGCUUGAGCGCAGUGUAGUUCCUCUUUAAUGGACGUGAUUAUUUUGCAAGCUUUGCAAAAGCUGGUCCGUUCAUGAUAAGACCAAACAAGCAAUUUUUGCCAGUAUUACAAACAUCCUGAAUACUCCUGAAGCAUUUCCUAAAUGUAAAUAUCCAUCCACUGAAUAAUUAUUUAUGUUUUAAUAUAUCUAGUAUCAAGUUUUAGGUUGAAUAGCAUUAUCUACGCUGCAAUUGGUUAACUUUCAUUUCAAAUGGAUUGUGUAACCAAACAAUACAUUUAUGUUGCCUGGUUAAUGCUGAAUUGAGAGUCCCUUUUCUUUUUUGGCGACAA